GCCUGGUUCCACUGGUCCUAAAGUCCUGUUUUCCCCUGGUUCCAGGAGCCGGGUUCCCUCGUCCCCGCAGCCUGUGUUCAGAAAGUGUGUGUGCUUUUCGAUGGGCGGGCAAAAAGCGUAAGAACGUACUAAUAAAAAAUAAAAAUAAAAAAUAAAAAGUACUAAUAAUUUACUAAUAAUGAAUGGCUGAUGAAUUGUGACAAUGUCAUUCCUUGGGGGUGUUGCUUGCUGGUGGCUGGGGGGUAUGAUCUCUUGUCUGCACGACUCUGCAGUGUCGAGGAGGUGUACUUUAACCGGCAAGAAGGCGAAUAACGGCUACAAGGUGUCGUUUUCGAACAAGAAGUCGAAGAAGCUUCAACAGCCAAACCUGCAGUACAAAAGGUUGUGGUGGGAGAAGGGCAACAGGUUCGUCAGGUUGCGGUUGUGCACCAGGGCCCUAAAGACUGUAGACCUGAAGGGCCUCGACGUAAUGGCGAAGGAGGCAGGCAUUGAUCUUAACAAGUUUUGAGUAGUUUGCUGAGUUCCCCAUGAUUGAUCUUUCUCCAAGGUUUCAGUCUGUAGCUUUGCAAGUCCUGAGCUUUUUGGCAAUGUCCAUCCUCUACCCUGCACCCAGUUGCUUCUGCCUUUCUUAGUUGUUGUGUCUAAAAAUAGACAGUGCUAUCGUGUAGUCGGGUGCUAUAGAGAAAGCUACCCUACCCUAUGGAAAGAUGAUAUAGCUGUAGUGUUGACCCCUGCUUAUGCAGAUCGUGGCAAGAACUCUAGAAGAAGGAAGCGGUGGUCGCUGACUUUGCAUGUGCGAUCACCGUCAACGAGGCACAUGGAUACGAGGUGGGAGAUUGUGAAGGAAGGAGAGGGCCAAGUCAAGUGCAUGACAUCAUCGCUGAUUGCAGCCAUCUGCCCUCCAGCUGCCAUCAUCUAAUGUAUCCAUUCAUCCAUCCAUCCAUCCAUCCAUCCAUCCAUCCAUCGUCUGUGAUGACUGAGAGAGGGUCAUCGUCGAGAGAGAUGGUGGAGCACACACACCGAGAAGAAGGGACCAGAAGGGAUCUCGAUUGCGCAACUGUGCAGGGGUUGGCGAUCAUGCUGAUGUGCAGCUGAGCAAUUUCGAAGAUGCAAAUUGACAAUGAGGGUGAGUUGCAGUUGCAGUUGCAGUUGCACUUGCACUUGCUGCAGUUGUAGUUGCAGUUGUAAUUGCAGUUGGGGUUACAGUUGCAGUUGCAGUUGCGGUCUAGUUGCAGUUGGGGUUACAGUUGCAAUUGUACAUCGACAAUGAGUUGCAGUUGCAGUUGCAGUUGCAGUUGCAGUUGCAGUUGCAGUUGUACAUCGACAACGAGGGUGAGUUGGAGUUGCAGUUGCAGUUGCGCUUGCACUUGCACUUGCUGCAGUUGCGCUUGCACUUGCACUUGCUGCAGUUGUAGUUGCAGUUGCAGUUGCAGUUGCAGUCGCAAUCGCAAUCGCAGUUGCAGUCGUAGUUGCAGUUGCAGUCGCAAUCGCAGUUGCAGUUGCAUUUGCGGUUGUAGUUGCAGUUGCAGUUGCAGUUGCGGUUGUAGUUGUAAUUGUAGUUGCAGUUGCAGUUUGGUGUCUGCCUCUUCUCCCUGCUGUGGAUGAAUGAUUCGAAAGUGGGCAGAGUUUGUCAGCUGCGUUCUCAACACCGAGUUUCAGACUUGGCCACAAAUCUACUUUGGCAUUUGUGAAAGGGAAGGACUUCGAAGGAGUGUUUAUCUCCCCCUGUUUCAGUAUAAAGAUGACACAGAGAAGCAAAAUGGUAGUAGUCGGUGAAAAGAGGAGAAACAGGAGACAGGGUAUGGUCUGCUUCACAAAGUUCUGCAGGUUACGGUCUGAGAAAACGCCGCCUUUCCGUGAUGCACAUUGCUCUUGCGACCUCAUCGAUUAUCCUGUCCUCUCUUCAAGUUAUCCUUUUUUGUCUUGCCCCCACCCUGUCCCAUCUUCAACUUAUCUGUUAUCGUCUCCCAAAC